CCACCACCUCAUUCGUACAUUUUUUCUGGCGCCGCGAACAACAAAUGGUAGUGACCUUUUCCGUUGAUACUUUUGUUGAUUUUUAGCGGCGCGUUCUUCGUUCCGUUUCGCGCAUAAAUAAUAAUCCUCAAAGAAAAGUAAAGUGCAACUAAAUUAAUUAAUGAUUUAAGUACAAAAAAAAACGCGAGAGUCGCGCAAACGAGAAGAGGAAAACCAGUUUUCCCACCGUGCAAUGCGCAGAGCCCCAGCGAAAGAAAAACGGGCCCAAAGGAGGUGCUAAAGCAGGAAAAAAAAAUCUAGUGAAAAAAAGUUUUAUUGUUGUUAACGCACACCAAAACAGGUCUCUCGCGGUAUUUGUGGGUGUGUUUGUGUGUUCGUGUCCGUGUGCAUUUGUUAUUGUUAGUGCAGAGAAGAGGAAGAGUGAAAAGAGGCAUAAAAAGGGCGUCGCAGUUUGCAGCAGCAGCCAAAAACUACACACACGAAAGAGGUGUGGAGGAGAGAAAGAGAAAAGAGAGAGAGAGAGUGAAAAUAGCGGUAAAGCGUGGGGUAGCUGCAGCGGGCGGUUCAGAGAGUGUGACUGAUCUCCCAUUGAAUGGCAACAAGAUGCAAUAAUGGACUCAACGCCUAAUGCGGUGCCAAGUCGGGAUCUCUUAACAUUACAGCCACUGCGUCCAACACGGGGCUCGAGUACGAAUCUACGCGCCAGUCGCAGUCCAUCCGCCAGUCGCAGCACCGCAGAACAAAUGUCCAGGGAGCGGGCCAGCGAGGCAGCGGCAGCCACACAAACAGCAGCGGCAGCGUCAGGAGGUGCAUCAGCAGCAGCAGCAGGAGCAUCGACAUCUGGAGGACCAGCAGCAGCAGCAGCCACAACGACUACGACAGCAGCAGCAGCGACCAGCGCUUCCGGUCCCGCUUCGGGGAACACCAAUAGCAAUUCUUCGGCCUCCUCCAGCACAGUGGCAGCUGCACAGGCGGCUGUCUACAGCGGCGGCAACACGGUGACCGGCAGUCUGGGCAGCGGUGGGGUGGCGGCACGUGGCUUCCGAAGCCAGAGCCCCACCCACCGGCGAAGGAGUCGCGAGAGGCAGCGUCGGACCCAUGGCUCGGAUCAGGGCGGCCUCCUGGCCUACAGCGGCCUUGUGGGCGUCAAUGAUAUGAAUGAUUUUGGAGGUGUGGUGGGCGGAGGAACCCAGGGAGGCGGCGGUGGCGGGAGUGCUGGCACAGGCAGUGGGCUAGACGACUCUCGAUUGUCCGGCAACGAGGACUACUAUUCAUCAUUCGUGUCGGAUGAGUUUGACAGCAAAAGACCGCGGAGAUGCACCCACGAGAGGAGCUCCAGUGUCCAGGCCAUCGAUCGUUUGAACACGAAAAUCCAAUGCACCAAGGAGUCAAUACGACAAGAGCAAACUGCCAGAGAUGAUAACGUCAAUGAAUAUCUAAAGCUAGCAGCCAGCGCCGACAAACAGCAGCUGCAGCGCAUCAAGGCUGUCUUCGAAAAGAAGAACCAAAAGAGCGCACACAGCAUCUCGCAGCUGCAGAAGAAGCUCGAUAACUAUACGAAACGAGCCAAGGAUCUGCAGAAUCAUCAAUACCAGACCAAGAGCCAGCACCGACAGCCGCGCGAGGUCCUGCGCGAUGUGGGCCAGGGUCUGAGGAACGUGGGUGGCAACAUACGCGACGGCAUCACCGGGUUCUCUGGCUCUGUGAUGUCCAAGCCGCGAGAGUUUGCCCAUCUCAUCAAGAACAAGUUUGGCAGCGCCGACAACAUCAAUCAGAUGAGCGAUGCCGAGCUGCAGGGCAUGCAGGCGGCCAAUGCCGCCGAUGUACUGGCAGCCAACGAAAGACUGCAGCAGCAGGUGCCAGGUGCAGGAACCUCCACAGGAUCGGGUGGCGGCGGACACAAUAAUAAUACGGGAACCGGCAGCGGCACAGGGAAAUUCAACAGCGACAAUGGCAGUGAUUGCAGCAGCGUGACGAGUGAGAGUAUACCAGCGGGCUCUGGCAAGAGCCAAUCUGGUGCCAGCCAAUAUCACAUAGUCCUCAAGACACUCCUCACAGAGCUGGCCGAACGCAAGGCAGAGAAUGAGAAGCUCAAGGAGCGCAUGGAAAGGCUAGAGACAAGCCAAAAGGAAUUUAAUAACCUGACAGCCACACUCGAAAGUGAACGAUAUCGUGCCGAGGGACUCGAAGAGCAAAUCAAUGACUUGACGGAAUUACAUCAGAAUGAAAUUGAGAAUCUAAAGCAAACGAUUGCCGACAUGGAGGAGAAAGUACAAUACCAAAGCGAUGAAAGACUACGUGAUGUCAACGAAGUGCUUGAGAAUUGUCAAACGAGGAUAUCCAAAAUGGAGCACAUGUCACAGCAACAAUAUGUCACCGUUGAGGGCAUUGAUAACUCGAAUGCCAGGGCCUUGGUUGUGAAACUCAUCAAUGUGGUAUUAACGGUAUUACAGGUGGUACUCCUACUAGUGGCCACAGCAGCGGGCAUUAUAAUGCCAUUUCUUAAAACAAGGGUACGCGUUUUGACCACAUUUCUAUCGAUUUUCUUUGUCAUCUUUGUGAUACGUCAAUGGCCCGAUGUGCAGGAUAUUGGUUCCGGUCUGGUGCGGCAUCUCAAGCAAUCGCUUGUGGUCAAGUGAAGCGGAAUUCCCAUGCAACCCAUAAAACAUUAUGUUUCUUUAGUUAUAAGUUCUUAAACGUGCUGCGUAUUCUGUCUUUUUUUUUGUACAUAGCUUUGUCGACAUUUUUAAAAUUGAAAAUUGUAUCAAUUAUCCCACAAUUAUCACAAUCACAUACACACUCACAUGAAAUCUGUACAAAUCAUACAUUAUAUAUCCCAUAUAUAUCAUCAGAUCAGAUCGGACAUCUCCCCUACACUCUCUCUAGAAAAAUUGUAAUAAUAUCUUCGAAAAGUGCUGAUUACUCAACCUAAAAUCUGAAUGGAAUGAAUGAAGAAUAUACAUGCUGUUUAAUGUAUACUCCUACGAUAUGUGUAAUUAUAUAAACUAUAUAUGCUAUAAAAUAACUCUUAUAUUAUAUAAAGUGAAAAACGUUUGUAAAAAUCCCGAGAA